AUGACUUUAAGUGAUGGCCACUAUCGCAUCACAGGAAUUCAGGAUGGUCUGGAUCCCGAUGGAGACAACUUUCUUCGUGAGGUUCCUGUUCGUAUGGAUGUUGAUGAGUGGUUCCUCUCUCAGGAACCUAUCCAUAUUAACCAGCGCGCCCUGUUUUUCCCUGCCUUCUGGGCUUUCUCUCAAACGAGUCCUCAUGAGAGGUUGUCCUGGUUCCAAAUUGCUGGAAUCCACGGGAAGCCUUUUGUUGCGUGGGACGAAGAUGCGCAGGAGGGCAAGACAGAAAAUGGAUACUGCACUCACAACAGUAUCCUCUUUACUACCUGGCAUCGACCCUACAUGCUGCUCUGGGAGCAAGUUAUCUGUGACAUGAUGAAGAAGGAGGCUGAGAAGUUCCAAGAGAACGACCGAGAGGAACUUCUUGACGCAGCCAAGUCCUGGCGAUUUCCCUUUUGGGACUGGGCAGGAAAGAAGCAAAGCCCAGGUAAGGAUGGGAAAUAUGACUACCACAUCCCACUGGUGGUUCAGAUUGAGGAACUUUAUAUCAGAAGUCCCUCUGGCUUCAGUACUGUGAAGAACGGAUUUUACCAAUACACCAUGCCCGGAGGCGUGACCAUGGGGGAUGAAAGCCUGAAGGAUCCCAGUGACCCCGAGAACCCACUCAAAGAUCUGAGAAUUACACCAAAUACCGGGAAGACGCACAGUGGACUAAAGUACACUCUUCCUUUUGACGAGUGUUCUGGCACCAGCCGAUACGCUGAUGGUCACAGAUCGAUCGACCAGAACUGGACGAAUGGGAAACAGAACAACAAGAUGAUUGAACAAGCCAUGCGCGGCUACGAGUGGGACCCAGUGUCUAACACCGACAACGAAGACAAGAAAACCUGGGGUAAGCAGCGAAGUAAACUGACAGCCAGUUUGCGAGAAGCAUUUUAUCGAGUUCUUACGAUCGAAAGGUUCGAGGAUUUUGCGACGAAGCGGAUGCCAGAUAUGGAACCAGAGUCCAAGUCGGGUCCUGGCUAUAAUCAAAAGGGCUAUGCGUUUGAUUCAAUUGAGAACAUCCACGACAAUUUGCAUGGGUGGUGUGGUGGAGACGUGACUACUGUUAAUGAUGGCAUCGCCCUGUUGGGACACAUGUCUGAUGUUACAGUUGCUGCUUUCGACCCAAUCUUUUGGCUUCACCAUUGUAACAUCGAUCGUAUGUUUGCUAUGUGGCAGAUAUUACAUGAGGAUCAGUGGUUCAGUGACAGUGAUAUCCGUAACAAGGACGAAGGUAACUUCUGGAUCAAGGCUGGCCACACAUUUAAAUCCACCGAUGAGUUGCGUCCCUUUCGCAAUGAAAAUGGAGACUACUAUACUUCCAAUGCGGUGCGGGAAGUGACUAGGCUGGGUUACACCUAUCCAGGUCUUGAGAAGUGGCUGUACCUGAAACCAGAUGGAUCCUACGACAAGGAAGGACACCUGGACGCUCUACGUGAGACACUGUCGAGAAAUUACAAUGCUUCAUGGGAGGCUGUGCAAGCGUCACACUUGUCACAAGCUAUCCAGGGCCAAAAUGGUCUGCCUGUGUUGAGCUUUGGAGAGUAUAGAGAGAAUGCGGUGGAUUUGCUUGGGGUCGAUGAUUACGUGAUCGACGUGGAGUACGACAAAUUCGCUCUCAGUGGGAGGGGGUUCACCGUCAGCAUUUUCAUCGGCAGAGUACCUAAGCAUUCACCGUACACCAUGGGACAAGUGGAUUCUCUUGUGGGCCAGAUUAUCAAUUUCUCAUCAGAUGUUCCAGCAUCAAAUAUUCGAGGUUGCCAAAACUGUCGAAAACAACAAGAAGAGAAGAUAAUCUCAACCGGCCGUGUCGUGCUCACUAAUGCUCUUAUUACACGAUGGAAGUACCAGAUUAAGCACACUCCACAUCUCGCUGGUGGUGAAUCUGUGCUUCGUGGCAUGGAACCAGACAAUGUUAUCCCGUUCCUCAAGGAUAACCUCCACUGGCGCGUUACCUCGAUGGGCGAGGAUGUCAGUGGGAGCCAGAUCCCUUCUCUGAAGGUGUUACUUGGAGUUGGAAAGGCUGAUUAUUAUGCUGACAGGGCGAAGAUGUCCCGAUUCUAUAAUUACGAGCAUAUAGAUAUAGAAAGGUUUAGUGGCAUGUGCUACUGGUCCAAACAGCAUAUGUUUGGCAUCAAGCAAUUGUGGAUGUGCACGAAGACUAUUGUCAAGAUUAUAGAGCACGAUAGUAGUAGAUAG